AUGCUGAUGCUGGACAUCGCGAUAUAUUGCCAGCGUACACCAAGUUGGCCCGCGCCGGCGGGUGAACCAAGUCUCCGCAGGCCCAAUAAGGGCCCGCCGAUUACUAUUAUCGAGCUCAAUCGAGCUCAAUCGAGAAGCAUCGUGGAAGAGCAGCCGCAAGACCUGGAGGAGGCCCUGGAGCGGAUGAAGGAUUUAGGCCUAUUUUUAGACUCUGCGGAACUCGUGUUGCUUUGUAGUUCGUUCAAAACCUGGGCUUUUACUGGUCAACGAUUCACGGUCCCGGCAUUGGGCGUAUUAGCGGCCGAAGGAACCGGCAACCGCUCGGAAGCUAGACGGUUUAUCAAACGAUUUAGAAUUUUGGAAUCUGAUGAUGCUCCAGACGGCAGAUCGCAAUCGAUGCACAAAUCAGCGGAUAAUGACGAAAGCACGCAAUUGAGGCCUGUCCAACUCGUUGCUGGUUGGAAUCCCGAGUUGUGCCAACUUGAAGGAGCAACGACGCCCGAGGUUUACUUGUACAUACCAGUUGUUGAACAAGGAAGCACUAGUCCAAUCUGGCUACUUGCAGCACGUAGAUUUUAUAUACUAAAUUGCUAUUCUGUCAUUUUAGCAAGCUCCCCUCUCCUGACGACGGAGCCUACUGCUCUGACAAAGGACACAAAGGCGCUCACUCUGUUCAAUGCAUGGAAGUAUCUCCUCAAAGAUAUCAAGGUAAGGACACUUUACUAUCCCGUCACAGACGUCGACCAGGUGGAAGAACUGGAAUCAACACCACACAAAGCCACGCCAAAAUGGAUACAAGUACCAAAGGUACAAAUAGCCAUCGCCAACAUGGCAACUGCUCGUCAAAAGCCGCCAGCAAGCAUAAGCCUCCCCAACGGCCAACUAAACACCGCCCCUGCCCCCACAGCAAGUCUAUUCAGCAUGUCCCCCGAGUUGAAGCAAAGGCUUAGAGCCAGCUACCGAGACAAUUAA